ACAGCGAGGAAAAUAAACACAAAUAUUUAAAGAUUCUUAAUGUUUUUCUAUUUAAAAGAGCUCCUAUUAAUUUACGAAUGAAAUGAUUAUGGUGCGAGUAAAUACGUUUAACGAAAACGGUUUGGGGGAACCCGACCAAGACGCCAAUUCGGCCUUAACAGAACUAGAUAAAGGCUUGAGAUCAAACAAAGUAGGCGAACAAUGCGAAGCCAUAGUGAGAUUUCCCAAAUUAUUCGAACGAUACCCUUUCCCUAUUCUCAUCAACGCUUCUCUGUUGAAACUAGCCGAUGUAUUUCGGUUCGGCAACAAUUUUCUGAGACUGUGCGUGUUACGAGUAUGCCAACAGAGCGACAAGCACUUGGACAAAGUCUCCAACGUGGACGAAUUCGUAAAGAGAAUCUACAGCGUGAUCCACAGCAACGAUCCCAUCGCCAGGGCUGUUACGUUGAGGAUAUUCGGAGCCGUGGCGGCCAUUAUACCAGAACGACAGCAAAUCCACCAUUGCAUAAGGAGCAGCUUGGAUUCCCACGAUAACGUAGAAGUAGAAGCCGCUAUAUACGGAGCUGUACGAUUCGCAGCACAAUCGAAGAGUUUUGCGAUCAGUAUGUGUAAUAAAGUGUCUGAUAUGAUUCAAAGGCAAUCCACACCGGCCAACAUGAAGUUGAAAUUAAUACCGAUAUUGCAAUAUAUGCACCACGAUACUAACACAGCGGCCAUGGUGAGAUCGUUGUGUAUUGAAUUGUUACCAGGUUACCCCGCUCAGGAAUUCGUGCUGGUAACUCUGAUGGCGCUGACGAAACUGGCCUCGGCUACGCUGGUGGACAUUCCCAGCCAGGUGAAUUUGCUGUUGAACUAUUUGAAGGAGGAUCCGCGAUGGGAGGUGAAAUCGAAGGCGCUGGAGCAUUUGUACGAAUUGGCGGGGCCGGGGGCGCAUCUCUGGCCCCCGGGAUCCAUCGAUAAUAUCAUAGAAUUCGUGUUGCAGUCGAAGCACAAGAGGAUCCUAUCGCCUGCCCUAGAUGUUCUGCAGGUUUUGGUGGAGUCCCCGAUAAUGUGCCACGAACACAGAUCGAGCGGCUCGAAGUUGCGCGAAUUGUGCAGCAAUCAUUGUUAUUCGCCCGAGCCCAAAAUAGCCGCCCAAGCCAUUGGAAUUCUCAGCCAGAUAUUUUGCUAUUGUUAUAGAGAGAAUUUGGAAACCGACGGAGAGGAGGAGGUCAUAUCAGCCUUGGAAACCCUAAUACUUUUGCUGACGUGCAUCAAAGGAAAGCAUUCGGUACAAUUAAAGACAGUAUUAAAAUGCGCCAUUAGAUUAUGCGAAGCCAAACAUCAAUAUUGCGAAGUAUUCGUAGAAUUAUUAGGCACAAGGAUCCAAGACAUCGACAGCGAUCAUACGUUAAUAAUAUGCGAAGUUUUGGGAGCCAUCGGUAGCUUAAAACCCGAAACGUUAAUACCUCUAAUCGAUACGAUUCUGAAUCUACUGGACGCCCUGAGAAUGGUCGCUACGCCGACGAAACUUCAAAUCCAAAUGAAAACGAUGCUUUGCACGCUGGUAUUUCAAACGUUGUCCGGAUACAAGUGGAGCGACGCCGCCUACGAUGGAAUAAUUAAUGUAGUGAAUGGGAAUAACUUGUGGGCGAAUUAUUGCAUAGCCAGGGCUGCCAUGCGAUAUGGGCAUCAUAAGGUAGCCAGUUACAUUUUCACGGGCCUGACCGAACAGGUCAGCAGCGAGCACUUCCACUUUUGGCUGAUGUGCCUGAAGGAACUGUCCGAGGCCGAGUCGCAGCUCUGCCCCCAAGCCGCCGCCCCUCUCAUAAACCGCCUCGACGCCGCCAUCAUACAUUACAACAAAGCGGUGGCCGCUCUGAAGGCGGCCAGCACGCCCCAGCACAACCUGCUCUUCCAGGCGGAGUACAUGAAGAUCCGCGCCGAAUACCUGCAGUGCCUCCUGCAGUUGAUCUACACCUGCAACAGCCUGUGCGUGGUGCCGUCGCCCGCCAUCGCCGCCUCCAUCGUGCAGAACACGCGCGACGAGUACCAAAGGCACGGCUACGUGACGAAUCAGCUGCGCAAGUGCGUCAAGGAUUUCAAGAACUGCGGCGAUAUGCAUUGGAAGCUGUACCAGGCCUCCUUCGAUGCGGAUCCCGGUACUUUGGAGAAUAUGCAAAUUUUGCAGCAAAUGUGCGUGCUAUUGGAAAAGUGCGUGGAAAGUUUGUGCGUGAGCGGGGCGAAAAUAAAAGAGGAACACAUCGAAUUCGGAUCGAAAAAUACGAGAUUAGAGUCGCAGCAAUUGGUUAAAGCCUGCAAGAGCGCUCUACAAAUCGUCCAAAACAUAAAAGAAGACACGGCCAGCGUGAUGAUCACUCAUAAUCAAGUGGAGGUGUUAAAAAAGGCCGUAGAAAUAACCGUAAACGCCUCGUUGCCGAUACCGCGGUACUUCUUUCAAACGUUGCAAUUUACCAGCGUCAAGUUGGCCGUGUCGCCUCAGCCGAGGGUAUUGGGGGAAUUGAUCAGCGUCCAAUCCGGAUCGCAGUUGGCCGUUAAAGUGGAGGGGGUCAUUCAGCACGGGGCGCGACCGGGGCUGUUCAGGAAAAUCAAGGAGGUCGUGAUUACGGUGACGUCGCAGUUGCAGAGUAAUCCGAAAAAUAAGGAAGUCAUCGAUUCGAAGAUUCUCGAACAAGUGGCCGUUUUGACUCAAACCGUAACGCCCCACAAAGACUUCUUCACCGCUCAAUUUCUGCUGGCUUUUCCCAGAGGGGGCCAGUAUUUACUGUCCAUCGAGGCUUCCGUGGUAGACGAGCUGUGUAACACGUGGAAAACGGGCCCGAAAUCUUCAUUAACUGUUAAAGUCCCGGAAGAAACUAAGCUCCAACCGAUUUCUGUUCCGGGCAUGGCCAAUAAUGCCAACGUGAUUUUGAUGCCGGAGGAUAGUUUGUUCGUUCGACCGCUACAGAAAAAAACCUGACAACACUAGAUAAUUAGUAGAAUUGACUUAUUCGUCUAUUAAAAAUUGUUGUACACUAUUUUUGUAAGGAGUCGGUAAGGUUUUAUCCAACUCCAUUCUAUCCAACCAUUUGUAAUCCAAUUUUUGAGGCAGUUGGCCUUUCAAGUAUCUGGCGAAGUAAAUAAAUAC